AUGUCCACGCAGAAGCAUUCCAGUUUCCCUCUUCUCCUCCUUAUACAAGCUUUUGUUUUCCUCUUCAUCAACACCAAUGCUUCUUCUGCCGCUGGUGAUUUCGAUAAUGUCGGCCUGAAACGGUUCAUCAUCUCCGUUCGCCGCCCUGAAGACGUCAAACAAGAGCAGAGCAAGCAGUGGUAUGAGUCGUUGUUGGCGCCGCUGACGACCGUCGUCAACAAGGCUGGCGGCGAAGAGGGCGUGGAAAUACCGCGGCUUCUUCACUCUUACUCUGACGUACUCUCCGGCUUCUCCGCCCGGCUCACCGAAAACGAGCUUGAUGAUAUGUCGAAGAUGGAUUGGUACGUGAACGCCAUUCCCGAUCCUGCGUACAAGUUGCACACCACACACUCCCCUGAAUUCCUCGGCUUGAUCCAUCCCGCUGGCGGCGGCCUCUUGAACGCCUCCAAGCAAGGCGAAGGCAUCAUCAUCGGCCUCCUCGACACCGGAAUCACCGCAGACCACCCUUCGUUUUCCGAUCAUGGCCUUCCACCUCCUCCCCCUAAAUGGAAAGGCAGAUGCAACUACGGCAAACCUCUUUGCAACUAUAAGCUAAUCGGCGCUCGCUCGUUUAUCACCGGCGAACCCGACAACGCUCUCCCAGUCGACCAGGAGGGACACGGGACACACACCGCGAGCACCGCCGCCGGCGCGGCAGUUUCAAACGCAUCAGCUUUAGGAAACGCCGCCGGCACGGCUGUCGGAAUGGCUGCCCGUGCCCAUAUCGCCGCAUAUAAAGUAUGCAGCGAUGAUUUAUGCUUCGGAAGCGAUAUAUUGGCGGGGAUGGAUGCGGCCAUUGAGGAUGGUGUUGACGUUCUCUCCAUUUCCCUCGGCGGAGGUUCCCCCUUAUAUUUUUAUGAAGACCCAAUGGCUAUCAGCACCUUCACGGCGAUGUCAAAGGGGAUAUUUGUCAGCGCGUCGGCGGGGAAUGAUGGUCCGGGGAUGGAAACAGUAGUUAAUGACGCGCCGUGGAUUCUCACGGUGGCGGCGAGCACAAUGGAUAGGAGAAUCGUCGCCGACGUGAUGCUGGGGAACGGAAAGGUGCUCAAAGGCGAGUCUUUAAACCAAUCGAAAGACUUUCCGGCGACAAAUAUGCUUCCACUGAUUUUUCCGGGAGGUAAUGGAGACGAGAUAACCGCCGCGUGUGACGAGGACUCACUCGCCGGUUUCGACGUCCGCGGCAAGGUGGUUGUUUGCCAGAGAGGGAUCAACGGGCGAGUGAUGAAAGGUUCGGUGGUCAAAGAAGCCGGCGGCGCCGCCAUGAUCCUGAUAAACACGGAGAAUAGUGGGUAUACAACCUUCGCCGAUCCUCAUGUUCUCCCAGCUUCUCAUGUAAGCCAUGAAGACGGACUCAAGAUACUUGAAUACAUCAAUAGUACAAGGACUCCCACGGCCAGCAUAGCCUUCGGCGGCACUGAGUUAAAGACACCAUUUUCUCCCUCCAUUGCCGAUUUCUCUUCCAGAGGGCCGAGCAAAGUAUCACCGGGAAUAUUGAAACCGGAUAUAACUGGUCCCGGCGUCAGCGUCCUGGCGGCGUGGCCUGAACUGGAACCGGCGACGAAAAAUCCGAACUUUAACAUUAUAUCUGGGACCUCAAUGUCCUGUCCACAUCUCAGCGGAAUCGCUGCUCUGAUAAAGGCUGCGCACCCGGAUUGGUCACCAGCGGCGGUGAAGUCGGCCAUGUUAACCACCGCUGAUGUGGUGGAUCACGGCGGAAACCCGAUUUCAAACGAAAAGAGGCAACCCGCUGACCAUUAUGCGCUUGGAGCAGGGCAUGUCAACCCUGAGAAAGCCCUGAAUCCAGGGCUCGUAUAUAAUCUCAAGAAAGAAGACUACAUUUCUUAUUUUUGUGGUUUGGGUUAUAGCGAGAGUAUGAUCAGCGUCAUUGUUAAGCAAGAAGUCAACUGCUCGAAGGUGGGCAGCAUUAAAGAGGCCGAAUUGAACUAUCCUUCUUUUUCUGCAGAGCUCAGAGUUGGCGAGACACUUAUUUUGAAGAGAGUGUUGACUAAUGUAGGGGAGGAAUGUCAUCACUAUUGGGCUGACAUUGAUGAACCAGAAGGAGUGAUGGUGACGGUGAAGCCUAACAAUUUGACUUUUGAGAAAGUCAACGACCAAAAAGAAUUUAGUAUUAUUUUGAAGAGAAGUGAGAAGAGCUUGAAGAUGGCUAAAGGAUAUCUGAAGUGGGUUUCUGAAAGCCAUCUCGUGCGAAGUCCUAUUUUGAUCAGCUUCAAGCAAUGA